UCUAAUAGACGAUCUGCGUGCAGCCGGCCGCUCGGCGCUCAUGCCCGCUGUGUUCUCUGACUCCGGGAGGAUGGACGGUGUGUCGUUGGGUCUGGUGGCCACACCGGCCUCACCGCGUCCACCCUGUACCACCGAUUCAGAAGAGGACACGGUGAAUGGAGGGAUGCACACCUUCAACCAGACACACAUGAGGAAAGCGUUUCAGUUGAUGAACGACCUGAGGAGUAAAAAGAUGCUGUGUGACGUCCAGCUGGUAGCCGGGAGCGUCGAAGUGCCAGCUCACAGGGUGGUCUUGGCGUCCUGUAGCCCUUACUUCUGUGCCAUGUUCACAGGUGAUAUGAGUGAGAGUAAAGCUUACCAGGUGGAGAUCAGAGAGGUGGACGGUCAGACUCUGAGAAAACUGGUCGACUAUAUUUACACAGCAGAGAUCGAGGUCACAGAGGACAACGUCCAGGUACUGUUGCCUGCAGCCAGCCUCCUCCAGCUGAUGGACGUGCGUCAGGUUUGUUGCGAAUUCCUGCAAUCUCAGCUUCAUCCCACCAACUGCUUAGGCAUCAGAGCCUUUGCUGACCUGCAUACAUGCACACAGCUUCUCAACCAAGCCCAUGCUUACGCUGAGCAGCAUUUCACUGAUGUGGUGCAGGGCGAGGAGUUUCUGAGCCUUUCUCUGCAGCAGGUGUGCAGCCUCAUUUCCAGCGACAAACUCACCGUGUCAACAGAGGAAAAGGUGUUCGAGGCAAUGAUAUCGUGGAUCAAACAUGAUAAACCAGCUCGUCUGGAAUACAUGCCCAAACUAAUGGAGCAUGUGAGACUUCCACUGCUUUCCAGAGAUUACCUGGUACAGAUUGUAGAGGAAGAAGCUUUGAUAAAGAACAACAACACUUGUAAAGAUUUCCUCAUAGAAGCAAUGAAGUAUCACCUGUUGCCUGCUGACCAGCGUCACCUCAUAAAGACUGAUAGGACACGACCACGAACUCCAAUCAGCAUCCCAAAGGUGAUGAUUGUAGUGGGUGGUCAGGCUCCCAAAGCCAUCCGCAGCGUGGAGUGUUACGACUUCCAGGAAGAUCGUUGGUACCAAGUGGCCGACCUGCCUUCUAGACGCUGCCGGGCAGGUGUGGUUUCCAUGGUGGGCCGAGUGUUUGCGGUCGGAGGUUUCAACAGUUCGCUGCGGGAGCGUACGGUGGACGUGUAUGACGGCACAAGAGACCAGUGGAGUGCGGUGUCGAGCAUGCAGGAGAGACGCAGCACGCUGGGAGCCGCUGUGCUGGGCGAUUUACUGUAUGCUGUGGGAGGCUUUAAUGGAAGCAUAGGUUUGUCAACAGUCGAGGUUUACAACUAUAAAACCAACGAGUGGACGUACGUCGCCUCCAUGAACACCAGACGCAGCAGUGUGGGUGUAGGGGUGGUUGAUGGUAAACUGUACGCAGUAGGGGGUUAUGAUGGAGCAUCACGCCAGUGUCUCAGUACAGUGGAAGAAUAUGACCCAGUCUCUAAUCAGUGGUGCUAUGUAGCUGAGAUGAGCACACGGCGAAGUGGAGCAGGUGUGGGUGUGUUGGGUGGUCAGCUGUAUGCAGCAGGAGGCCACGACGGUCCUCUGGUGAGAAAGAGUGUGGAGGUGUACGACCCACAGACCAACACCUGGAGGCUGGUCUGCGACAUGAACAUGUGUCGACGAAACGCAGGUGUUUGUGCCAUUAACGGGCUGCUGUAUGUGAUCGGUGGAGAUGACGGGUCCUGCAACCUGUCCUCUGUAGAGUUUUACAACCCAGCCACAGACAAGUGGAGCCUCAUUCCCACCAACAUGAGCAAUGGACGAAGUUAUGCUGGAGUCGCAGUGAUUGACAAGCUGUUAUGACGGCAUCGGCAUCGGUUCCACAUCGGCGAACUGAAGCAAGCAAUCAGGAAAGCGGAACAAACACGAGACGCCCUCAGUCCUGAGCUAACACAAUCAGAAAUGAUCUCAAUCGCUCUCUUUUUUUUUUAAGGGGGGGUACAUCUGUUUUGUUUUUGUUUUUUUUCUUGUCAUUUCAAUUCAAGCUGUGUCAGAUCCUGUUUGAGGGCAGUGUUGCACUGGAUAAGAAGCAGCAGCCACAGGAGAGUGGGCUUUUUCAAAUGCUAAGCACAUAACCAGCAGCUGUAUCAGCUGUAAUACUCACAGGUGUCCUUUGACUCACAGGAAGGAAGUGAUCCUAGUGGACCAAAUGGAGACGUGCUGUUUUUUUGGAGAAUUUCCUGGAGAAUUAAAGCUUCGAAACAUCAGCUGAGGAAGGAAAAAAAACUUGACUCGAUGGACUGCACAAAGGUUUCAGACUGCUCACAACAUCAUUGAGGCAAUAAUCUCAACACUCCAACACUGGCCUGGGAUUGGCUGCUGCAGGAACAUCAUUCACAAGAUUAUUGUAAUCUGAGUGAGCAGUUGAGACCGUUCUUUUUUUUUUUUCUUUUUUUUUUUUUUAAAUUUGUUUUAAAUUAUAGGACUCACCCAGCAACUCUGCUCAACUUAUCCUGAGGAGUUGAGCUGAUUCGCCUCCAGGAAUCCUGGACCUAGAGAGCUGCACAGAUGGUGUAAAGAAUGUAUAAAAUAUGCAAAUUAAGAGUGAUAUUUAAUAUUUUAGGGGCUCUGACCUAGGCCGGUUGAUGGGACUUUGAUGCUGUUGUCAACACACUACUGAAGCACUGAUCACUUGCACUGACUGACGCAGAGCGGCGGAGCGGACACACCGACCUCUCUCUGACUGACCAACGAACUUGAUUGCUGACCUGCUGUCAGACAGACGGCCGCUCAGCUGUUUCUGUUUCUGAUCACACUCACAGGAGCUUUUACAUUCACUUCUUAAAGGCCAAUAAUUGUAAAAAAAACAAAAAUGGUGCCAGUUUGAAUCAUAAUCCAAAAAAUGCUGGAGAUGUUUUUACCGCUUAAGUAAAUUAAGAAUCGAGCGUGUCAAAAUGCACUGUAGUAAUUCAGCUGUAAUGUGUAAAACAUGCAGAUUUAACAUUUUAUUUAUUAUUUUUAUUAUUUUUUUUGAUUGAAUUUUAUCACACAGCAUUUAUCCACAUCCAAGUCUUAGCCUGAUAAUGUCACUUUGUGCCCCCAUCUGGAUGAUGGUGGGUGUCUUUUAGAUGUAGAUGACUGACUGGUGCCAUGGCUUUUGAUCUGAAGAGAGUUUUAUAAAAAAAAAAAAAAUGUUUUUAUGUAAUGUCGACUUUUGUAAUUUCUGUUUUUGAUUUCCCUAAAAUCAUGACAUAAUGGACUAAUUUGGUUAACCUUUCAAAGCAGUCUCACAGAGAACUAUAAAUACUACAUAGUUCUUAAAAUUUCAGACUUGGAGUGACUUGAAUUUGCUCGAGAUAUAUAAAGAGAUCACUGUGAAUAUUCCAGUUUGGGGUAGUGAUCUGAAGAGCUAGAGUUCAGCAUCAGGACAGCCUUUAUACUGAAACUAAAGCACCCAAGAGCCCGCUUUAACCUCUACACUGUGUAGUAUCGCAAGUGGCUCGAGCCACGUGGUGCAUUUAGGAGUCCAUGUCUCCUCAGUGAGGUUAGAGGCUCUUUAUUCGUUCAUGUCCUCUGCCGUGUUUUAAAGUUUCCUAUGUUAUAGAUGCUCAAAGCUGAUUAGGUGAAAUGUGUGUAAAUGUAUUAUUAUUAUUUUUCAGGGCACUACUUUAAAGCACAGAUCGCACUCUGAGUUUUAGACACUUAAAUAAAAUGGUUGAAACUGUAGAGAGAUGCACUUGGGAGCAAUAAGAGGUGAUUUCAGAGCCUCCCAUCAGCACUUGAACGCAUCACCAAGUAUUUUUGUUUUCUUAGAUCUUUUCUUCACCUACAAAAAUAAAAGAUAAAUAAAACCUACCCACACUCACCGGCAUCUGUCUCGAGCAAAUUUAAGUGUUUUGGGGAAUUUUUUUUGUUGUUGUUGUUAAACAAAGCUAUGAUAACAAUAUGCAGUUUCAUGUAGAUGGCAAAUUAAACCCAUUUGGUCAUGAUUAUGGUGAUUUUAUCGAAGCUUCAGGUUAUAAUGAUGUUCUUACAGCAGAUGUUAUAUUUUUUAAUAUAAACUGUGGAUGUUGUGACUGAAACGGCUGCUGUUGUGAGUUUAUUAACCGUUCAAUGUGUUUAUGAAAUUAAGCAGAGCUAAUGUGCAAAAGGAGCUUAAAACUGACUCUGUGUGGAAAUUUAAGGAUGUUUUGUAUGAAGUGGACUUCCUUUUUUUUUUCCAGAGCUGAAAGGAGUGAAUAACAUAAAACAGGAAAUUUCCUUCAGCAGAGAGUUUGACU